AUGGUCGCCGCUCUCAAGCGUCGAUAUGCGUCCGGCUCCUCUUCAUCCGAGUCCGCUUGCGCAUGGGCGGCUCCCCGGCCCAGAUGCCCACUCCCCAACCGUCGGGUACGCAAGGUGGCGCGUACGGCUACCUCCCACCUCGUAGCCGUCAUUGCUCCCGGUCUGCAGCAACAUCGGGGCAAAGACGCCUCCUUCUCCAGCGGGAGCGACACCGAGGUCUCGUCCUCCGACACUGAGCUCGGCACGGCUCUCUCCGAGGUCGAGUCGGCCAUCCCCGAGUCCAAGAGCUCGGAGAAGGACGCGAGUGAUGCCGAGAUGCUACUCAGCAGCCCGGAGCGAGAGUCGGACGAGGUGGACGAGAACCUCGGCGACGCUCGCAUGUCUAGCAGCCCUAGUCCCCCGCAGGUCGGGCGAUACUGGGCUGAGGAGAAGAUGCUGUGGAGCCCACCACGCCGUCUUUGGGGCGAUGAGAAGGGGAAGGGGAAGCAGGUGGAAGAGGUUCAGGAUAUGGGUGAUGUCAAGCGAAGGCGGAUCUCGGACGAGGAGGAGGAUGCAGAGGCGGAUGACGAGAUGGAGGAGACGGAGAGCGUCAUUGCCACGCCGAAGCAAAAGCAGAAGAUGACCAAGAACCGAAAGGGACCUGGUCUUUCGGAAAAGCACUCGACUAGGAAGGUAGCGCCCACCCCCUCCAUUCAGCGCAUCACCGACGGUUUCAACGGUCUCACACCUUACUCUCGCGAGAUGCAAAUAUCGCCCGACCACCCGUCCUUUACGCUACAAGCCUACCCCACCAGCACCAGCCUCUUUGACGACGACGAGGACGAGCACGCGGCGGUCUUUGACUCCCUCAUUCCCUCCUCCCCCAGUCCUGGUCCAUCCAAGAAGCGCAUCUUGACGCGACCCAGCACUGUUCGUCAACUCCGCGAUCAUUCUCGCCGCAUCCCAGGCGGAAAGAAGAAGUCACACCGGAUCGCUCCCGUCGUUUCGGCGGAAUCGGCGGAAAAGCAACAGCGCAGAGAUCGUCAGAAGCCGUACGCGCCGGAUCCGUUCCUGGCGGAUAGCAUGUCAAUCCUGCGGUCUUUCGAGCACUUCAACCUCCCCAUUCCCUCGGAGGAGGUGGAAGCCACCGAGCAGUCGUCAAAUUGGGCUUACGGUCCCUUGUCGUCGCCUAUCCGGCUGGUGUCUGAGCCACCUCGCUCUCCUAUUCGAUCCCGGAUAUCGGUUGAGAUCCUCCCUGGCCAGCGCACACGGCCGAAUAAAAACCUGCAGCGCCGAUCACCCACGUCGCUCGUCCCCUCUCGGCACCACAAGGGGCGUCUUCACCGCUCGCGCCCAGCCCCCCAAUCCCGCCGGCCCCUCCCUCUCUGCGGCCCGAAUGCCCUGGUUGGACAGCACGUCAUCACCUAUUUCCACCUGCUCAAGGAUGCACGGACCAAGCGGCGGCACGCUGUCUCCCGCCAGAACGCCCUAGUGAACUUCACUGCGCUGGCAGCUAUGCGUGCGCGGUGCUUCGAGCACUUUGAGAGGGUCGAUGCAUGGAAGAAUCUCUUGGCGGACAUUGGGCAGGGAUGCUGGUGGUGGCCAGCUCCGGCCCAGAGGGAUGUGGCUCAGGUGGUAGAGGAGGUCCAGGUGGACUGCCUUGUCGGAGGUGUCGCCGUGGAGAGCGAGGGGGACGCCGCGGUCGUUGACGCUCUCGUCACCUCGGUCGCACCACCUUCGCCCGUCCGAGAAGCCGUCACAGCCGCUGCGCCCAGUCGUCGUCGCCAGCGCUCGGAUUCUCCCGUCGAGCAAGCUCCGGCUGUCCGCUCUCGCCAACGGGCUCGUCUUGCCACGCCGGAGGAGCGCGAGCGGGCACGACGUGCAGAAGCUGCACAGCUACGCGUCUCGGUCACCACCUCCACCAUCGCCGCCGGAUCGGUGAUCCCUACCUCUUCGGCUGCCAAUCGGGACGAGGAUGCCGUCAGCGCCGAGGUGGACGCCCACCGCGAUCGUACCGCCAGCCGGACCAGCGCCAGGCGUGUACAAGAGGCAGCAUGGGCUCUAUCUUCCGACCGCGCUGCGGCACAGCGACGGCGCCUCGGUCGGACCACCGCACCCCUCGAUGCCGCGCCCAUCGCUGCGGUCCGCCACGUCUCGGAGCUAAAUCCGGCGUGGCUUCAAGCAUCCCGACCCUCUGCGCCCGUUGAGGUCGAAAUCAAUGUCGCGGAGCCAGAGGAGGACGAGGCGACAGACACCGAGUCGGAGUCCGGCUCCACCGUGUCCGACCCCCCAGCAUACGACUCUGCUACCUACCCCCGCCACAUCCCCUGCCCUCCGCACGUCCGGCCCCGGCUGCCUCCCACACCUGUCCACCGGCUUCCUAGCUACGCUACCAACCGGUACUCACGUCGCUCGCCUAGCCCCCCUCCUCCGUACAAUGCCGAGACGGAUCGUCAGACCCUCAUCCUGCCCAUGUUUAUCGGAGAGGACGAUGAUGACGAGGAUGAGAAUGCUGUGGCGGGUGUAGCUGUCUCGGCAGCGAGCGAACAGCGGGUUGUCGGCGCUUUCCCCAGUUCCAUCGGGGACGGCUGGGGUCAGGAUGAGGGACGGAGGAACCGCUUUGACGCCGCAUUGGAGAUGGAAGAGGGAGCGGAUGCGGACUUGAUUGAUGAGUUGACGGGCGGGUUCGAAGGGGAGAGGGAGAGGGAGGGCUCGGUCGUGGGUGCUAUUGGCGGUUUCUUUAGAGGUUUCUUUGGGCGGCGAUAA